AUGUUGGUAGUAGGGAUUUCUAUUAGUUCUUUCCAGUCCAGAUUUGAUGAGAUGUUGGUAGUAGGGAUUUCUAUUAGUUCUUUCCAGUCCAGAUUUGAUGAGAUGUUGGUAGUAGGGAUUUCUAUUAGUUCUUUCCAGUCCAGAUUUGAUGAGAUGUUGGUAGUAGGGAUUUCUAUGAGUUCUUGCUAG